AUGACUCACGGUAGUCUCUUUCAUUUUACGAGUAACGUCACGAUGGACGCUCCAGGGCCAAGCGUAAGGAGGAGAGGUGAACAUCGUGACAGUCCUCUUCAUCUUACUGUUCCACCCUCAGAAGGUAUAUUUCAAACUUCCCCUGAAAAUUCCCGAUUGAGGUUGGCGUACGAACCUGGUUGUCUUCCUGAUCAGGUGUAUGAUCGCGAGUUGCCAGCGUGGCGAGCUAGGAUACGGAGGAUAUUGGUUAAGAGAUUGAGAGAUGAGAGUGAGGGGAUGGCGAGAUGGCAGAAGAGGGUGAGGAGCGAAGGGAGGGAUAGGUAUUUCUACUGGACGGCCAUCUUUGGUACACACACAUUCUUCCUCACCUUCCUCCCUAUCUUCUUCUUUUCAGGACAUACAGCCAAAGGUCGUGGGAUGUUGAGCGUGGUCGGAUUUGGAAUAUACCUCUCCUCCUGCGCCAAGGACUUGAUGUGCUGCCCCAGACCUUAUAGCCCUCCUCUUAUCCGCUUAUCAAUGAGCACCCAUGCCGAUGAAUACGGAUUUCUCUCUUCUCACUCAACGAAUACGAUCACCGUCGCGUUGUAUCUCGCUCAGUGGCUGUGGGAAGUUCGAAAACAGACCAGCACCUCAACUCUGCUUGUUGGGUUCACAGUGCUCUUGAUUUACGCUGCUAGUGUCGUAGGCGGAAGGUUGUACACAGGUAUGCAUUCCACAGCUGAUGUGAUCGUGGGAAGUCUCCUCGGAGCGGCGUGCUGGGCCAUAUGGCUCGUCAUCGGAGAUUGGGCGGAGUGGUGGCUACAGUCCGGCUCUUUGAGUGUCCCGAUCGUUCUCCUCCCACUGACUCUUUUCUUGAUACACUAUCACCCGGAGCCUGUGGAAGAUUGUCCGUGUUUCGAAGAUUCCAUCGCUAUUUUGUCCGUCAUGUUAGGUGUAUAUGUUGGCGGGUCGGUGUUCGGCAGCGGUCUGAUGAGGGGUGUGGGGAUUGUGGUCUUGCGGUUUGUCCUGGGCAUCGGGACAUUGUUUGCCUGGCGAAUAGUAGUGAAAAAUAUCCUUCUUCGUGUUCUCCCGCCGACAUUCCGAGCUACCUCUCGCGUCCUCUCGGUCGAUCUGCCUACGAGGAAACAUUACACUGCCGCGACAGAUUACCCCGGAUCUCCUCCUGCCGACAUGCAUCCCGUCCCGUCAUUCAUAGACCUCCAUAUUGGUCGAUCCAAUACACCAGUGCCAAGUGCCGACGGUGGUUCCUCCGACUCGGACUUCACUCCUUCUCCUAUUUCGCACUCAUCCGCGGUCAUCCCUGAUCCCCACACCUUUUCAUCUUAUGCUGCAUCUGUUUCUGACUCGUUAUCACCUCAGACCGGCCCAAAAGCACGAUCCUUGACAUCCGCCCACAGUGAUGCUGCUGGAUCAGUCACUGGUGUAUCGAAGAGAGAUGGACACUCUGCGACCAGAGCGACUAGUAGGGGUAGAUCGAAAAGGGAGAAGAAGACGAGGGGUUUGCACUAUGAUGCUGAGGUCUUGACGAAAUUCGGCGUUUACACCGGUAUAGGUUACCUCGCCGCUGUAGUGGUUGAAGGAUGGUUUGACGCUAUCGAGCGUCGAUGGCUGGUCUGAAUCCUUGUCAUCCUCUGUUGUAUCUCCCCUACUUCCAUCUCUCGGUGCAUCGCUUGUGAAUCCUAUGAGACCGGUGAGGGAUUUUUUCAUUCAUAUCGUCAUGACAUUUUGAACGUUACAACAUUUAGGCUCCUUGGGUGAAACGAUGACCCGUAUUCGGGGACGCGGUGUAAAGGAUGCGCGAAUUAAUUCUACAUUUCUGGCGGAAUAUGUACCCAUCUUUCCUUCCUCCUUGUUCCCUCCCAUCUCUCGUGACAAUCCAGAAGGAUCAUGACGCAAAAGUACUCGAGGAGGACCGUCCGCUUGCUGUGUCGUUGUUUAGUCGUCAUCCCUAUGGCUCAUUGUUUGGCUGAGGGAUAAUUCCUCCAAUGGCGAAUGAACGUUUUUCCAAUUA